CCCGUUCUUCCGGGAAAAUGGCGGCUCCCGCUCGUACCUCGGAGUCCACGCCGGCGGCGGAUCCGGCGCUAGCCGCGGGGGCUGCUGAGGAAGCCGAGUGCCCGCCGCCUCGCCAGCCUCAGCCCCCGCAGAAUGUCCUCGCUGGCCCGCGGCUUCGAGCCCCAAGUUCCCGAGGACUUGGGGCGGCGGAGUUUGGCAGAGCUGCGGGAGACGUUGAAGCGCCAGGAGAGACUUUUGCGCAACGAAAAAUUCAUUUGCAAAUUGCCCGACAAAGGUAAAAAGAUCUUAGACUCUGUUGCCAAAGUGAAAGCUGCCAUUGCCGAAUGUGAAGUUAGAGGAAAAAGUGGACUGUUUCAUCCUGUUAGUUUAGACUGUAAGCUACGGCAAAAAGCAGUUGCAGUUGUUGAUGUGGACACUGAAACGGCCCAGAGUUCUGACCGGAUACUUGCUACUUCAUCGCCAGUCUGUGGCUCUUCCUCUGUAAGUAACACCGAGUCAUCUAAAACCACCUCCCAGCAGCGGGGACUUGUACAUCCUCCUCACGAAGGCGCUGAAGAGGCUCCCGAAGUUGAGUACACAGUGAGCGCGCGCCCAGCUUCCCGCAGCAGAGCCAGCGCGCCUUCCUCCUGCGCGGCCGGUGAGCGUCUCCUUCAGCAUCGUGUUUCAAGUCAAGCAGAAGAUAAUUUGAGCAGCUCUGACAGCCUGUUUAUUAAUAGGUUACAGAGGAUCACAAUUGUGGACUCAGGUGAAGAGCACUCAGAAGAGAACAGGGGUGCUGAGAACUUGGCAAGGCUUGAUAGUGGGGCACAGAAGAAGCCUCAUUUCAUGGAAGUGCUAGAAAUUCGAGCCAAAAACCCGGUACCCCCACUACAUAAAUUUAAAACUAAUGUAUUACCUUCACAAAAGAAUGAUUCAUCUAGUCAUUGGCAAAGAAGAGGGUCUCCCAUCUCCUUGGAAGAAAGGCAGCUCAGGGAUAAGAAGCAUCUUGAUGAUGUCACAGCAGCCCGGCUUCUGCCACUUCACCAUAUGCCCGCACAGCUGCUCUCCAUAGAAGAAUCUUUGGCACUUCAGAAACAACAGAAACAGACUUAUGAGGAGAUGCAAGCCAAACUCGCAGCACAAAAAUUAGCUGAAAGACUGAACAUUAAGAUGCAGAGCUAUAAUCCCGAAGGGGAGGCUUCAAGGAAGUACCGAGAAGUGAGGGAUGAAGACGACGAUCAGUCCUCUGGAGAUGAAUUCUGAAGAUGCCAGUGGGAUGUGAAUCUCUGCCUGUUGAGCUGUCAUGAUCCUAUAUCAGACUUUCAAACAAGUAUCAAGAUCAGUGUCAGACAUUGUCGAGGGAAGGAAUUUUUUAAAGUUACACAAAGGUAGCUAUAAAAAUAGCCCAGUUUGUCUAUCAGAAGAUGAUUUUCAUGUGCUUAAAAAGUUUAAUAUUUGAAUAUUGUGUUUUAACCAUACUGUAUUAAAGUUUUGCAGUAUGUUG